CCUGCAGUUCAACCCUAACCCAAUUCAUUUGUGAUAAUGAUAAUAUAGUUGUUAAUCAUGGCACCGUUCGUGUGGACUUUCAAGGGAAAUAUCCACCGGUUUAUCACGGAUGGACAAUUGCUUCAGUAUUUCAUUAUUCUAUUCUCAUUGUUUAAUUUUUCAUUGUGUCUCUAUGAAGAUCAAGUUGGUAAAUUCGACUGGAAACAGAAUUACGUAGGAAGAAUCAAAUUUUCUAGUUUUGAUACAGUAUCGACUGCCAAGAAAAUAAUAGUUGCCACAGAGGAGAAUGUACUUGCAGCUCUCAAUUUGAAGUCAGGCCAAAUAAUAUGGAGGCGAGUGUUGGAACGUGGCUAUGCUGGACGAAUUCGUUCCCUGAGUGGUGUAGCAGAUGGAGAUUUGAUAACUGUGAGCGGUGGAGUCCCUGCAAUUGUUCGCGUUUGGGAUUUAGCUGCUGGACACAUCCUCAACGAGUGGCCAGUUGCAGAGCAAAAUCCUGAGCGAUUGGAAGAUGUCAAAUGGCACAUCAAAGACGGCACUCUCCACCAUAUUCUGCCAAUUUAUAGUAGUGGAGUUGAGGUGACAUCGUAUGACAGUAAAACUGGAGAGAAAUUAAAAACCAGAAAGGUCUCAGCGCCGUUCAUAACAGCAGAAACAGAAUGCGUAUUGGCAGCACCAUAUUUAGCCUGCCUCAAGAGUGAUACGUCACUGGCAAUUCUCUUUCUCGUGAAUUUAUUCGAUACAAAUGCACAGCCACAUUCAGUGACUAGUAAUAAUAUAUUCGGGGCUGGAGCUCAGGGUCCAUUCAAAUUGGAGGCAGUCCCAGGGGACGACUCAGUUUUAUCAAUCACUGCUGAGGGAGAUAAUAGAAAACGUAUCAUGAUGCCUAGCGAUACACCGAAAAUCAUUCUAAGGGAUAUCGAGGGUGACGCUAGACUUUAUGUUACGAGUGUUGAUGAGGAGAAAGUACUUUUGGAAACUACUUAUCGUAAUGGGGUAACCGAAAUAAAAGCAUUGACUCUAUUAGAAUCUACCCCGAUGCCAGAAUUCUCAGCGGCAAUAUCCCACGGUGCUCUCCUUUUCCCCAGCAUGAAAGCAUCCAUUUGUCCACGAAUGUCAAAGGGAGUAAUUUGCCGGCAUUUAGUUAGUUCUGAAGACGAUGGAGUUGCUCUUCUGCAGCACAAUAAACUGGUCUGGUCGAGGGAGGAGGCAUUGGCCAGCAUAUCCCUCGUUGAGAUGAUGGAGCUGCCCAUGUCUGACAGAGAUCAAACUAUCGAGACGGAAUUUGAUCAGAAAGAGAGUAUCGAUAUAGACAGUUCAUGGGAUGUCAUAGGGAUGAUGACGAGACGAGUGACGGCUCAAUUUAAUCAACUGAAAUCAUUCCUUCAGUCCUCGUUCGGCGUAACUCCCCAAGCAUCGAAUCAGAGGGCAGAUCUGGUGAGAGAUAAAUUUGGUCUCCAUAAGAUGAUCGUUGUGGUGACAUCGGCAGGAAAAUUAUUUGGUAUCGAGUCGAAGAAAGGGGAAAUUAUUUGGCAAUUGAGAGUUAAAGACAUUGCCACAGAGAAAAAAGAUUCUAAACCAUUGAUUUUGUACGUUCAACGUGGUAGCAGGCAUUUCCCAUAUCCUCCACAGUGCGCUCUGUUAUCAACCGAUAAGAACACUGGAGAGGGUAUUAUUUACACGUUCAAUCCAAUAACUGGACAGCCUCUAGAUGGGCUGGUUAAACUGGGAUACAAGGUGAAGCAAUCGAUGCUCUUACACGAUGCCACUGAGGAUUUCCUCAGGGCAAUUUUACUUCUCGACUCGAGGGAUAAGAUUCAUGUUUUUCCGGAGAAUGCAACUGCUGUGGCCGCUACCAAUGGCAAGAGCACGUAUUUGUUCACUGCUGAUGCUGGUACUGGUAUUGUUGCUGGAUUUUCCCUUGGGUACAGUACACCUGAGGAAUUAAUAGCCCAUAAAGUGUGGGAACUAGUGCUAGCUCCUAAAAAUCAAAAGAUCACCCAUGUUGUAUCGAAGAGUCCAAUCGAACGUGUCCACUCUCAGGGACGAGUUCUGGGUGACAGAUCAGUACUUUAUAAGUAUAUCAAUCCCAAUUUAGUUGCUGUUGUUACCCAGGGUGUUGGUAAUACCCUGAAGAAUACGAUGACCUUGUAUCUCCUGGAUGUAGUCUCAGGAGCCAUGAUAUUCUCGAUAGUUCACAAACGAGUGCGUGGUCCCACUCACAUAGUUCACUCCGAGAACUGGCUUGUUUAUAGUUAUUACAACGAUAAGAGUCGUAGAACUGAAAUAGCAACUUUAGAGCUUUACGAGGGAAAAGUGCAGAGUAACACCACUGUGUUUUCAUCAUUGACAACAACACGUCUACCUAUGGUAGAGCGACAAGCAUUCAUCUUCCCUGCUUCCAUUGAAUCAAUGAGAGAAACUAUUACUGAGAAGGGAAUAACGAGUAAACAUAUUCUAGUGGCUUUAGCUAAUGGCGGAAUUCUGGAGUUACCCUGGAUGAUGGUUGAUCCAAGAAGACCCACCAAUCCUGAAUUACGAGAAGAAGGUGUAAUUCCCUACAUGCCGGAAAUACCCAUUCACAUGGAUGCCAUUAUCAACUACAAUCAAAGUGUAUUCAGGGUAUCAGGAAUUCACACAAGUCCCAGUGGCCUUGAAAGUACCUGUUUAGUUUUCGCACACGGUCUUGAUUUAUUCUACACGAGAGUCGCCCCAUCGAAAACAUUCGACGUUCUGAAAGAAGACUUUGAUUAUUAUCUCAUCGUGAUAGUCCUCGCAGCUCUCCUGAUCUCAUCGUAUGUGACAAAAAAAUUGGCAUCACAGAAAGCACAGAAACAGGCGUGGAAAUAGUUCCAUUACCAUUCGUCUCAGAGACAUAUUCUCUUUCUUUUAGUGAAUUCCCACAAUCUUGUUACAUUUUUAACUUAUGAAGGCCACAUCAUCCACUCUUUUGUAAUUAAAAAAUUGUCAAUAUGUAAAUUAAUCCAAUUGAAACAAUGCCAUUGAUUUAUGUAAACACUCAUAAACUAGAAUGAAUUAAUUUCAAGCUGUUUUUAUAAACAACACGUAGUUUCUAAAUGAAGAUAAUUUACGGAUAUAUAAUGAGUGAAUGAGAACGAGGCAUGCUGAUACCAAAAUAAAGUGAAAAUCAAAGGAA